ACCGGCCGCCGGGGCGCGGGGCCGGCGGGCAAGAGCGCCGCCGCCGCCGGUGGGACGCCGGUAGGACGCCGGUCUCCGCGGCCCGGCCAUGUCCCCGCGGCACUGAGCUCCCCGGGGCGGGCGGCGAGCUGGGCCGCCCCCGGCCGGUGGCCAUGGGGAGCAUCUACAAGGAGUACUUCAACACGGAGAAGAUCCGGGAGCAUUACAACUACACCAAGGAGGGCUCGGAGAGCGGCCCCAGCACGUCCCGCUGGGCCAUCUCCAUCCUCAUCGUGAUACUCUGCAGCAUCAUCGUGCUGGAGAACCUGCUGGUGCUCGUCUCCGUGGGCCGCAACAAGAAGUUCCACUCGGCCAUGUACAUCUUCAUCGGCAACCUGGCCGCCUCCGACCUGCUGGCCGGGCUGGCCUUCAUGGCCAACACCCUGCUCUCCGGGGCCACCACCUUCAACCUGACGCCGGUGCAGUGGUUCGUGCGGGAGGGCACAGCCUUCGCCACGCUGGCGGCCUCCGUCUUCAGCCUGCUGGCCAUCGCCAUCGAGCGGCACGUGGCCAUCACCAAGGUGAAGGUCUACAGCAGCGACAAGAGCUGCCGCAUGGUGCUGCUCAUCGGCGCCUGCUGGGUCAUCGCCGCCGCCAUCGGCAGCCUGCCCAUCAUGGGCUGGAACUGCAUGAGCGACCUGCGCGACUGCUCCACCGUCCUCCCCCUCUACUCCAAGCGCUACGUGCUCUUCGUCAUCACCAUCUUCACCCUCAUCCUCCUUGCCAUCGUGGGACUCUACAGCCGCAUCUACUGCAUCGUCCGCUCCAGCCACGCCGAGAUCGCCAGCGCCCAGACCCUGGCGCUGCUCAAGACGGUCACCAUCGUCCUGGGGGCCUUCAUCGUCUGCUGGCUGCCGGCCUUCAUCAUCCUCCUCAUGGACGCCUCCUGCCCCGUCCGGGCCUGCCGCAUCCUCUACAAGGCGAACUACUUCUUCGCCUUCGCCACGCUCAACUCGGCCGCCAACCCCAUCAUCUACACGCUGCGCAGCAAGGACAUGCGGCGGGAGUUCGUGCGGGUGCUGUGCUGCGGCAGGGCCAGGCGCGGCGGCCGGGCGGCCGGGCGGCACCCGCGCUCCUCCAGCUCCCCGGAGCGCUGUGUGCCGCAGCAGGGGCCGCCCACCUGGCCCCUCACGCGCGAGUGCACCACGUCGGUGUGAGCCCGGCGGGUGGGCGGCGAGCGGGGGGCCGCAGCGCUUCUCCCUUUCCAGGUACUGACUCCGGUUUGUGCAAUUUGCGCCCUCCCACCGGGACCCGCCGCCGGCCGGAGCGGGCGGCCCCGGUGCGGAGGGCUGCAGGGCUGUGACAGCCCGUGGGUGCAUGCACGCGUGUGCACCUGCACGUGUGUGCAUGCACGCGCAGGCAUGUGCAUAUGCACCUGUGCAUAUGCCUGCACAUGCAUGCACGUGUGUGCACACAGAAUCGCAGAACGGGGGAGGUGUGCGCAUGCAUGCGUGUGCAUACGCACACGUCCAUGCAUGUGCACAUGCCCGAGUGUGCAUCAUCUGUGUGCACGAGUGUGUGCCUGCAUGCAUUUGCAUACCUGUGCAUAUACCUAUAUGUGCACAUCAUUGCGUGUGCCUGCAUACAUGCAAGCACACACAGAAAUGUGCACGUGUGCCUACUCGUGCAUGCACACACGUGCACAUGCCUGUGUGUGCCUGCCUGCAUGUGCACACAUGUGCACGUACCUGUGUGUGCCUGCACAGCUGUGCACAUUUUUGCAAAUGCCUGCGUCUGCCUGCACAUGCGUGCACAUGUGCACGUGACUGUUCCUGCAUGCAUGUGCACACACGUGCACAUGCCUAUGUGUGCCUGCACGUGCGUGUACAAAUGUGCACAUGCCUUUGUGGGCCUGCACAUGUGUGCACACACCUGCGUGUGCCCGCCCGCAUGUGCAUGCCUGUGCCCCCACCCGGCGGGACCUGUAGGCCGGGCCGGGGGGCGGCAGCGGCUGGGAGCCCCUCGGCCCCGCGUGCCGGCACGCGGGGGGACGAGACGGGACGGGACGGGGACGGGGAUGGGGACGGCCGCGGCUGGGUCCGCGCGCGCUCCGGCCCCAGGGGAGGCACAGCCCCCCACCCCCGGCGAGGCCCCUCCGCGGGCGCAUUAAAACGUCGCUUCUG